UGACGUCACUGUUGUGGCUAGCGCUACAGACCCUCCCCUUACUCAGACCGCACCCCCCGCGGCCACGCCCUCAAAGAAUAGAACGCCGCUUGCUUUCGUCACGCGUGGGCGGGGCUGAGAGACACAUCCCGCCCCGGGGGGCCGGGGUCACGUGACGGGUGUGCUGUCAGCUGAUUCCCGGGGAGUGCGGCGGCGGCGAUGGAGUUUCUCCUGGGCAGCCCCUUCAGCUCCCCCGUGGGGCAGCGCAUCGAGAAAGCUACCGAUGGAUCCCUGCAGAGCGAGAACUGGGCCCUCAACAUGGAGAUUUGUGACAUCAUUAAUGAGACGGAGGAAGGGCCCAAAGAUGCCUUCCGAGCCAUAAAGAAGAGGAUCAUAGGAAAUAAGAACUUCCAUGAGGUCAUGCUGGCUUUGACAGUUCUGGAGACGUGCGUUAAAAACUGCGGCCACCGCUUCCACGCUCUCGUGGCCAGCCAAGAUUUUGUGGAAAGUGUCCUGGUGAGAAUCAUCCUCCCCAAGAACAACCCACCCACCAUAGUGCAUGACAAAGUGCUGACUCUCAUACAGUCCUGGGCAGACGCGUUCCGCAGCUCACCAGACCUGACAGGUGUCGUAACUGUCUAUGAAGACCUGAGGAGGAAAGGCCUGGAGUUCCCCAUGACUGAUCUGGAUAUGCUGUCACCCAUCCACACGCCGCAGAGGACUGUGUAUGGCUCCGACUCUCCGUCCGAACAGAACUCGCCUGCUGGCGACUCCCCUCAGGGAGUAGACUCCAUCCUGCACCCUGUCUCCUUGCCGGGGGGGCCAGGUGCCUCCAGCGACACCCCCAUCACACCCACACCAGAGCAGAUUGGGAAGCUGCGCAGCGAGCUGGAAGUGGUGAACGGGAACGUGAAGGUGAUGUCUGAGAUGCUGACAGAGCUGGUGCCUGGACAGGCUGAGCCCUCUGACCUUGAACUCCUUCAGGAACUGAACCGAACAUGUAAAGCGAUGCAGCAGCGUGUGCUGGAGCUGAUCCCCCGUAUCCUCCACGAACAGCUAACGGAGGAGCUGCUCAUCGUCAACGACAACCUUAACAACGUGUUCCUGCGCUACGAACGGUUCGAGCGGCUCCGGGCUGGCCAGCCCAUUAAGGUCCCAAUUGAGGUGGAAAACAGUUGGACCAAUACGGGGCCCAGUGCACCUCUGAUAGACAAGCCGCCUGAAGCUGCCAACAGCCUCUCCUCUCAGCUGGCUGGAAUAAAUCUGGGCUCCGGCAGCGUCAGUGCAGGGCUGCAGUCCCUAAACAGCUCCGGCAAACUGGAGGAAGAGUUUGACAUGUUCGCGUUGACACGGGGCAGCUCGCUGGCUGAGCAGCGCAAAGAGGUAAAAUACGAAGACCCCCAAGCAAACAAAGGGCUGGCUGGAGCCCUAGAUGCCCGGCAGCAGAGCACAGGAGCGAUCCCAGUCCCCCAGGCCGGCUUCAUGGAGGACAUUGAGCAGUGGCUCUCCACGGAUGUGGGGGAAGAGACGGAAGAGGCAAAGGGCAUCACCAGUGAAGAGUUCGACAAGUUCCUGGAAGAGCGAGCGAAGGUGGCGGACCAGCUGCCUGCACUCCCCAGCCCCCGAGCAGGGCCACCUACCACCUCCAGUCCACACCGGAAGCAGGAGAAGGAAGACGACACUAUGUUUGCCUUAUGAACCCUAUGGACUGGUGUGCUGUGGAGCAAGCGGACACACUGUGGUGCUCCAUUCCUGCCAGGGGCUGGGAGAGGAAGGGCUCUAUGCCCCCAUUGCUCUCCUCUCACUUCUCCCUCCCCUUACCAAUUUUAGGCUGCUUUGGGGUUAAGUUAAUCAUUGCUGUAUUUUGGGGACAGCACGGAGUAGGCCUGUGAAGGGCGCUGGUGAAGCUGCUGGAGAUGUCACCAGACGAGUCUGGGGGCCCUGGGGUAUCUUAUUGUGAUGGGGGCAAGCAGAGGGCUCUCCCCACCCUUCUUUCCAGUGAAAUCACUGUAACCCGUCCUGAGAACCAGGUGCUGUCUGGAUCUGGGGUCUUUCCUGCUCGGCUGCUCCCUUUGACAGGCUCUGUCUCCCACGUCCAGCUGGGGUGCUGUAUUCUAGGCUGCUCUCCAGAGUGGGUCCCCUCCCUCCCUGCUGCUCUCAGGGCUGAGCUCUGCCCAUCCCCUGCUGCAGUGGAACGUACAGGGGUGGGGAAUGAUUCUUAUGGGGAGAGCACUGGCAGCAGGGAGGCCUCUAGUAUUCGUUUCCCUCUCGCACAAGCACAUAUAUGCAACACGCCCCUUAUGGCCCAGAACCCCACCCAGGGGCCGUGUGAUUUUGUCGUACAGAGUCCAGGUACCGAAUCUCAUGGCUGGAGAUGGGGAUGGAGCUGCAAACGGUACCAAAUCCAGGGGUGGAGGGGUGUGUGCAAUCCAGCUCUGGAAAAGGGGGGCAAAGGAGCAGAUGUGCCUUCAGCAAAUGCUUUGAGGUGAAUUGCUUUGAUUCUUGGAUCUCCUUUAGUCCCUGUCUUCCCCCUCCCCCGGACUUAACUCCCCCCAUGACAUCCAGCUAAGGCUCCCCUUGUUCCCACUGUGGAAUGGGGGCGGGGGGGAGAGGAGAUUGUCUCUGAGAGAAAGGGGAGAACACUUUAAACAACCAGUGCAUGCUGCCCUGUGCAGACGUGGCAGGGGAGGAGCAUGCCAGGUCCAGGGCUCAUGCUGAUUAUUCCAUGUAAACUGGGAGACUUGCCUUUUGUAUCGCACAUUAAACAAGCAACGUCCUGACCCCCUUGGA